AUGGUGGUAUCAAGCGAUUGCAGAUCAUUCUUUGCUUGGCAGAACGAGCGUCUAGCAUAUUUCCAUUUGGGCAAUCAGACAGCCACUUAUUUUGUGCAGAUGACGACCAACAAUGGAUCAUCCGUGUUGUUUGUUGCAGAUCACUUGGUUCCAGGUGCCACAUCGCAGUUUGACAUCUUCGGAUCUCAAGGCAAAUUCAAGCCUUUGGAUGACCUUUCUAAAUGCUUGCAGGCGAAGAAGGAAAGCUUCGCUCCCACUCAGAGCUAUUGGGGCCCAAGAACACGUGUGAUCUUCCCGUGGGGACAACUGCCGUACAACCCUUGCUAUUCUGUUGGCAGUCUGGAAAUCACAAUUCACAGGGGCUACACAGCAGACUAUGCAUGGCAGAAGUGUCACACUUCUCCUUUCCUGGAGAAAUACGGAGAGACGACGUGGCAUGACGUACAGGAGGUGUCUGACUUCACUCCUGAAUGUCCACAUCCAACGAUUCUCACGGAGAUGGUGUGGCCGAAGGAAUCUCCUAAUCCUGACUAUUCGAGAAAAGUGAAUUAUUCUUUUGGUUGCACACACGUUGGAUCGAAAUAUGCACAAGAAGACCCUGAAGAUGUGGAGCAUUCUGUGUCUCCUGCGGCACAGAUUCUAUUUUUCAAUUGUGAUGACGAUGCUUUGAUGUCUGGAAUCAAAUUUAAAAAGGCUGAAACGCCGAUGGUGUAUUGUCGGAGAUACAAGACCGAUAUCAAUUCAGAUCCUGCUCAUGAGACCCCCGUUCAGUUUGAGGACUGCAGUGACAUUGCGACGCAGCACUGGAAGAUCCAGACGAACGAUUUACCUGGAGUUAUGGAACUUCAGAGCUGCAAAACAUCUCUAUCAGUCGUCACAGACGCAAUCAACAGCUUUGCAAACCCUGAUGCUGAUGCAAAGCUUCUCAACUUGACAAUUCCAAAUUUCGACAGUUUUUCCGCCAAGGAGAAAGAGUCAUACACUACGGCCCCAGCAAUUCAUAUUGUGGCUGCGAAUCUUGAUCAGAUUCUAUUCAGUUGUUUGCCAGGUGAAGCAACAAAUGUCCAGGUGCAGGGGCGCUCGACACUUUGCGCAAGCAACGCUGCUGUGAAAGUCAGCGAUUUGUGCCAAGCAAGAAGCAUCUUCCGAAGCCAAUAUCAACCACAAGUUGUUCAAAAAACAUGUCCUGUGCUGAUGGAAGAGUCUGCUCAGAUCGAGCCGAGCAUUGCCAUUGACACUGCUAGUGGUGGCAUGACCAUGGGCCAGCUGAGUGAAAUUCUUCGAGACCAAUCCUAUUACACGGUGCCCUUUGGAGACCCCCAUGACCUACCCUUCAACUAUACAGGGAAUGCUGCAGACAUUGACAAGGUCAUCAGUGUGGGCUUCUUAAGUGUGCAGUCUGGUGGAGGUGUUUGGGGACUCAGAUGUCCCCCAGGUGCUGUGGUGGCAUCGGACAAGUCAACCCUGCCAUAUUGCCUGCAGAUAGAUGCUGGCGCAGAGAGAGUCUUCUAUGCAUUCUCUGGCUCAAUCAGUUGUCCAGAGGGCAGCGCCGUCAGCGGUUGGUAUAACUUGCCCGGGUUUCCAGUACAAGCAGGUUCUUUUGGUGGCCCAAGCAAUGCCACAGGCUUGCGCCUUUUCUGCCGCAUGACGGCUUUGCUCUCAUCUUGCCAGCAAGCAACAACGUCUUUUUGCCAGGAGGAAGGGGUAGUCACUUCCGUGAGCUAUGACUCCAACCAGUUCAAACUCGGGUGUUGCCGGUUGCAGAGGCGGUUGGGCAUGUCGCUAACAUCAAGUCCACGAAGUACGCUGAAAUAUGAGAGCUUUGCUGGGUACUAUUGUCCCAUCAGAAUUGACAUCACAGGUUUUUCGUUUUCAGCCACAUAUAUCGAACCGCUGACUGCAGCCUAUGUGAUACAACCCAAGCCAAAGCCGCUGCUCCCACAGCAAAAGCCGGAGCAGCCCAAACUCUUGACAUUCCAUCCGGAAGAACCAGAUUACAAGGAAUAUUGCGAUCCCGCAUAUUUGCAAAACCCUUUUGCAUUCCAAGCAGCCGACUCCAUUUCAGAGAGCAACCCAUGCUUUCAUACGUUCAAUGCUCAACCUGCAACAUUAGACCCAGCACCUGAUGCACCUCUACUGAAAGGAAUUACUGAGCAGGCAUUUUGGCAAUGUGGCGAGCGGAGCAAGAGGCGAAGCUACAUGAGCAGCAUGACUGUGGCAAACAAGGCCCAGCUUGACAAAGAUGUGUCAGAUAAACAAGAACAGCUGGAGCAAAUUACGCUUGGCCUCGAACUGGCUGCAGCCAUUGUUGGCAUGAUUCCUUGGGGAAGCUACGCCGAGCCGGGCUCGAAAGGAGCAGAAGAGAUGCAAAAGCAAGUCGGAGCGCAGCAAGUCGGGUUGUUAAAGAACAACUUGAAAAAAAAGGCUCGCGACUUGCAGAAGCAAGCUGGGAAGAACAUUGGAAAGACGUUCAAGCAAAAGGUUUUGGAUGGCAUGAAGAACUUCUUGAAAAGCACUGCGAACAAUUUGAAAAACGGGUGGAAGUGGGGGAAGAAAAUGGCUGGGAAAGAUGGUUGGGACCUCUACAAAGCUGCCUUCAAGAUGGAUGUCCCGAGAAGAACAUCGAGCUAUGAAGAUGAGAAAAGACCGAAGCCCCCAACUCAAGGAGAAUUCGAGAAUAUGACUGCCGAGCUCAUCGAUCAGACAGUUCCACAGCUGAGUGGAUCCUAUGCCGCAGAUCUCUCAGCAUUGGCAGAAGCUGGGUGGAAAGAUUGUCUUCCCAUCCAGUUUGGCUUGUCCAAAGUCAUGUGUGACCUGUUUUGCAUUGAAGAUGCCGUAACAGCGGGUACUUCUGCAGUCUUGGAAAGUUUGCAAUAUUCGCAUUCGGUGCUCAUGACGAAUAUCCAAUCAUUGCUGGAUUACCAGACGCAGUACUUGCUGUGGGCAAUUGGCUCAGUGAUGGAUUCAAAGAAGGUACAGCAGGAACCGCAUGAGAUGCUCUCCGCAUCUGCUUUGUUGGAAGACAUGCGCCACCUGGAUCUCGCUGACAUGCCAAACCUGGGCCGGGAGAUUCUGGAUUGGCAUCAAAGAGCCGGCAACGAGCUCUUAUCACGAGUAGCUGGUAUGUAUAUCAAUGCGUCGACCGCCAAUUGGCCUCACAGAAUAAAAUUGAUCAAGGGCAUGCUGCAGCAUUAUCACUCUAGUCUCCACGAACGCCUUCGAGAACACCGGAAGUUGCCUGCUUCUUCUGCUGCCCAAAAGCAGAUCAAGAGCAAGUUGCAGCUGCUUCGCGAUCAAGCGUCAGAACACCGAGAAAUUGCGCAUGUGGUCAAAUCAUUGCGGAUGCAGCCUUUCCAACCUUUGACUCUGGAUUUAAAUGACCAAGUGGUGUGGACGUCCGUUUUGGAAUCGUUUCUUCGAAACCAUGAGAAGCAUGACGCCUUCAUCAUGCUGAACUUGAAAGCUUUGGACCAAGCUGAGUACGCGAUCAGUUUGGCUCACAAUUUCUCCCAAUGCGCAGGCGCUGACACCGCGGUGCUACGAGAGGCCUGGCAACGAGCCAUGCAGGCCGAGGAAAAAAGUAGCGAAGCGUUGCUGGACGCAUGGUCCGCAAGCAUCACCACAUCGGAGCGUGUGGAAGUUGCCGUGAAGGAUCAAGGCUUCUUAGACCAUUUGGUCCAGAAUGUCGGCCUUGGAGAGAUCGCCGUUGAUGGAGUUCAGUGUGGCAACGGAACUCGUCGCAUGCAAGAGCUCUAUGGACGAGCAGUAUCAACGGCAGUUGCAUCCCUGCACCCACUGGCAAUGCAGCUCAAUACGUUUGAGGUACUUGCCCACUACCAGGAGCGGCAGCUGUUGCAUAGGAGGCUCGACUACAUCCCGCGUGGAUCUACUCCCGCAUCCGGUGAGCUGAAGAGGAUAUUGACCGCAAUUUCGGAUCCUUCGCAACCUCAAGGUCGUGCCUUAGCUUUGCGGGCAGCGAAGCUCUGUAAACCAAACUGCACAGAUGAUGCUUGGAGCGGAGCACUUGAGCUUCUUCAACCAGAACCUGUAAAGGCUCUUUUGUUGCUGUGA